AUGCGAGCAAUGUAUCCAGCACCCGCUGGGCGUGCGAGCGGCACGGCCUCCGCAACGUCUGGCUACCCUCAACCACGACAGAACCAUACAUCGACUUUUCCUGGCAAUCCCGCGUCCACAGCUACAAGUUUUGCUGCUCCAGGCGCAGUCUAUGCUCCUUCUGGUCCUUACCUCUCUACAAAUACUGCCUACACUUCCGGACCAUCAUCUGCAUCUGCUUCGCACGCUGCGCCUCCGCCCGCGCGUACUCCCUCGCCCUCUGCUCGCUCCACCCAACAGCUCCCGCCGAGCGGAAGCCAAGCGGCCCCUCCUUCAGCUACUUCUAGCGCUCCAACAGCAAGCGGAGCGCUUUCGCCAGAUAGAGCUCCGCCCACAGUGUACUUGGCGACGUACAGCGGCGUGCCCGUCUACGAACUGACCGUGCGCGGCAUUGCUUGUAUGCGUAGAAGGGCAGAUGGUUUCCUCAAUGCGACGCAGAUCUUGAAGGUCGCAGGUGUGGAAAAGGCAAAGAGAACAAAGGUGCUUGAGCGCGAGAUCUUGACUGGAGAGCACGAGAAGAUUCAGGGUGGAUAUGGCAAGUAUCAGGGCACAUGGUGAGUCCCCUUCGUAAGCGCGCAGUGCUUCCAUCGAGUUGCUCGUUGCUGAUUGCGAGUCGUGCUCGCUCAGGAUUCCGCUCGCUCGUGCCCACACGCUGAGUGCGGCAUACAAUGUCACUCACCUAUUGCAACCCAUCUUGGAGCUUGACCCUUCGGCCAACGUGCCUGUGGCAGGUCGCAGGAAGAGGCCGAACCCCAACGCGCCUGCCGCUAGCAUGUACCAUCGAUUGGGACCUGGUGCAGCUGGCAAGAACACCGCAAAGGAGGAGUCGAGUGGAGGUACGCCUGGCUCUGCUGGGUCGCCCGCUGCAGCUGGCUCAAGUCUUGGUUCCGCACCAAGUCAGGCUCCACGUUUUCUCAGCUUGCGUCCACCUGCGCCUGGGGAUGCUUCCAUUGGUGAUGUGAGCCCCACCGCUGCUGCCGCGUCAUCGGGCAUCCCGGCAGGCACCGAUGCUCGAGGUCGCACUGCUUUGGAAGGGUACGCUGCCCACGGCUACACCCCAGCUGGCAUUGCUGUGCCUGUUCCAGCGAAGGAGGCGACUGCUCAGUCGAUCGGCGAGCCAAGCUAUGCGUCCAACAAGCGUGGUCCACCUUCCCCAGAGACGUCUCCUUCCAGGACGCAAAGUGCCAAGCGAUCCAAGGGCGAUCAGAAUGGCUUCGAGGACUCUCCGGCGGCUCAAGGGCUUUCGCCAGUCAAGGACCUGAAUCUGCUGGGGCGAUUGUCGCCCUCUGCUUCCCUACGUGGUGCCAGGCCGGUCAACGCUUCACGCAUGCGCGCCGGUCCUCCGGAUGCCCAAGGUCUAGGACCGGGGGCCAGAUUCGCUACUCGACCGGCACCCGUCGUCGAGUCCGAGCCGGAGCGAAAAGCGCGCGAAAUCCUGACGGCUCAAUUCAUUGAUAGCACGGCUCCUCCUUCCGGGCCAGAUGCUCUCGAAUCUGUUCUGGGUGCGCUGCCGGAUGGAUCGGCUGACACUGUCAUCGACGAUCACGGUCACACUGCUUUGCAUUGGGCUGCAGCGCUUGCACGCCUCCCAUUGGUCAACAUGCUGCUGUCUCUUCCGCCUCCGCGAGGCGCCGACCCUCACAUUGGUAAUCACGCAGGGGAGACUGCCUUACACCGCGCGGUGCUCGUCACAAAUGCCUACGACGGGUCCGCUUUCCCGGCCUUGCUGGCAGCGCUGAGCGCGAGUCUGCACACGCGCGACUUCAAGCGGCGUACUCUGAUCCAUCAUAUUGCUUUGGUGUCGGCCUUGAAAGGCAGAGCUGCUCCGGCGCGGUAUUAUCUUGCUUGCGUGCUGGAGCACAUCGCCAAGCACGAAGGCGGUAAGCAUGCUGCCCUGGUCGACGCGCAAGACGAGGAGGGGGAGACCGCUUUGGGCAUCGUUGCGAGGAUAGGAAAUGCUGGCAUGUGCAAGAUGCUGCUCGAUGUUGGCGCGCGCAAAGAUAUUGCCAACAAUCUUGGUCUCAGACCCAAAGAUUGGGGCCUUGACGAGCCGGCGUCGACCGCCAAUUCCACGCCUGGACGCGUGGAAGACAGCGGACACUGGGAGAGCAGUGGCAAGGAUCGGAUUAGCGAUGCUGUGCAAGCUCUCAAACAACCUCCUGCAGGACCAAUACAGAAGAGCGCAGACGUUCAGCAAAGUGAGUCGACAGGCAUUGUCUUUGGCGCAGAUUUGAUCAAGUGCUGAUCUAGAAUACAUGCCUUCGACAGGGAUUGCUGAAGUGGUCAAGGAUCUUGACGAGCUUCACGCUCGAGAAUUGAGCGAAAAGAAUUCGGCGCUUGCAGUCGCUCAAGCCCAUCUGCAAGCCGCAACUCGCGAGCUGGCGUCCAGAAGACGUAAGGUCACUGAGGCAGCGCGGAAUGCGGCGACGCGCGAAGAAACUCGAAUGAGAACGACAAAUUUGUGGCGAAUGCUUUACGAAGUCUUGGCCUGGGAUGUACCGGAAGGGACUAGCCGCGCCGAGGAUUUGGCGUUCCAGCCUGGCAGCGUCGACGAUGCGGACCCCAGAGCUGCCGAGAAACGAGAGCUUGUGGCUGUAGAGAGCCUGGAAAGCUCGGACAUGGUCAUUGAAGGAGGUCUUGCCGCGCAGACACCUUUUCCUGGAGCGCCGUUGGGAGAAGCGGAUGAAUUGAUCAGGCUCAGGUGGCUCGAGCGAAGCUUCAAGGAGGAGACGGAUCGUCUGCAGCAAAGAAUCGUAGCGCUGAGCGGAGCUGGAGCUGCGAAGCAGAGACAAUGUCGCAAGGUAGUGGCAGAGUGCUGCAACGUGCCCGAGGAGAAGGUAGAAGGGGUGAGUAGCACGCUGACAAUUUCGAUCGUGCGACUUUCGCAAGCUGAUUUGGACGGCUGUGCUUCAUCUCUAGAUGCUGGAUGACCUGGUCACUGCUAUCGAGAGCGACCGGAUGGGCGUAGACUUGGCCCGUCUGGCUGGGUUUCUGGAAAAGAUCAAAAAGAGCGGGAACAAAGAAGGUGAAGCCCCGACAAUGGCGAAGCAUUGA